AACGAUGAUCAACAGGGGGUCCGAAUCCACCAGUCGCACUAAUGCAGGUUCCCCAUCCACCACGCCAACGACACAUGACAUUGUCAAUACUAUUGCCAACAGUUCAAAACACCAUCGAAUUCUCAGCCGGGCUAUUCAGAAAACAUGGAAGCCACCAACACAUAAGCUUAAUAUAGUUGCGGAUCAAAUUUCCGAGAGGCCUGCCGUUCGGAAAUAUCGUCGGGUUGUGAAGAAUCUCGACCAAGGCUGAUGGAUGGAUAUAAGGAGGUUUCUCUCCGUGUCUGCUUGGGGC